AUGAACAAUGGAUAUGGACUAGCUAACACACCGAUCGCAAACACAAUAGCAGCCAGUCCUAUAAAUGGUAUAUCUCCUUCUAUAUCAAUGACUAAUCCAAUAGCUAAUGCUCCAAUAUAUGCUUCAUUACCAAGUGAAACUAUUGGUAUUGGCACAGCUGCUAUAAAUACAGCUAAUGCGAUUACUGCAGGAGUGACUGGUUUAGAAGGAUUCUCUCUUGGUGGUAUACCGAUGUCCGGUGUUUCACCAAUGGGCUAUGGUGAUGUGACUGUACUUGGUGAAUUACCAGUUGGUGGAUCGACAGGUGUCACGGGUAAUGUUCCUGUGAUAGGAUAUGUCACUUUUGAAGGGACUGUACCAGCAGGAGGUACAGUCACGCUAGCAAGUAACUGUGGAUGUUCGAACCCAACUGUAUAUUAA